AUGUGCGGAUUCUCCAAUGAGGAAAAUAUGUUACGGUUGCGUAAGUGCUUGAAAGGAAGAGCAUUGGAAGCAGUAAGAUGUCGCCUGCUCCACCCAUCGAACGUUGCGGGAGUCCUUUCAACUCUCAAGAUGCUCUAUGGACGACCGGAAGCAAUCGUGCAGGCGGUUAUCAAGAAGAUACGAUCAUUGCCGUCACCGAGCAUAGAGAAGUUGGAGACAGUGGUGAACUUCGCGCUGACAGUUGAGAAUUUGGUCGCUACCAUUCAAGCGUGUGAGGUUAGUGACUUCGUCUACAAUGCAUCGCUGCGAUACGAGUUAGUAGGGAGGUUGCCACCAACGUUGAAGCUGAGCUGGGCCAGGUUCUCAAGGAACAACCCUACUCCGAACCUAUUGGAUUUCAGUACGUGGCUGUACGAGACAGUAGAGGAUGCAAGUGCGGUCGUAGAUACCGUAUUCAGCGAUCAACGGUUUCGCGGUACUAAGCGGGAUGGCUUCUUGAAUGUUCAUUCGGAAAUAGACUCUAAGGAUUCGAAGCCAGCCAACUCUCCACAGAAACCAACCAUCGUUGACACCAAGAAGUGCGUGGCGUGCAAAGGGGAUUGUACGAUGCUGGCCAAGUGCAAACAGUUCGUAGACCUAAGCUACGAUUCGAAGUGGGCGACAGUAAGAGCUUACAAACUUUGUCGCAAAUGCCUGCGUAAACACAACGGGUCAUGUAGACAAGAAAAACCAUGCGGAACGAAUGGCUGUACAUAUCUGCACCAUCCUCUGCUUCACGGUUACGGAAACCCUCGAUCUGGUGAAUCUCCUACAGCAGCCGCUGUUUACGAGAAGAGUUGCAACGUGCACCAAGUGCAGUCGGAGAUCUUGUUCAGAGUAGUUCCGGUCAUUUUAUACGGCCCAUCGAAGGCAAUUCGAACCUACGCAUUCCUGGACGACGGCUCAGAACUCACGCUUCUAGAACAGAGUUUAGCAGACGAGCUCGGGUUAAGGGGACCAAAGAAUCCACUGUGCCUGAAGUGGACAGGCGAAACCACCAAGAUCGAAAACAGAUCACAAAACGUUAGUCUUCAAAUCUCCAGUGUAACGAACCCGAUCAAGAGGUAUGAUCUCUCCAGUGUACGAACGAUCAGAAAUUUGCAGAUCCGACCACAGACUCUCCUUACCUCGGAGUUGCAACAGAGAUACCAGCACCUCAUGGGACUACCGAUUGAGUCGUAUAACGAGGCCAAUCCGCGAAUCCUAAUCGGCUUGGAUAAUGCCACUCUCGGAUAUGCAAUGAAGAGUCGCGAAGGACAGUCAAAUGAGCCGAUUGCAAUCAAAACACGUCUCGGCUGGAUUGUUUUCGGCAGUUGUGUGGGAGAGAAGAAUGCAGGGCACUACGUAAACUAUCAUGCGCUACAGAUUUGCCAGUGCAACAGAGAGACCGGUGAAGAUCUUCACGAACUCGUCAAAGGUUAUUUUGCCCUCGACAGCUUGGGCAUCUCUAAGCAAAGUAAACUACUUCUGUCACACGAGGACCAACGAGCACAGUCAAUGCUGGAAUCACUCACUCGGCCCGUAGACAGCCGUUUUGAAUCCGGGCUUCUAUGGAAGUACGAUUCGGUCCGACUUCCGGAUAGUGCAGCGAUGGCACUGCGAAGAUGGCGAUGCCUAGAUAACCGCAUGAAGAAGGAUCCACUUCUGGCGGGCGAAUUGAACGCGAAAAUUCAGGAUCAUAUCAACAAAGGCUACAUUCGCAAGUUGUCCGCGGAAGAGCUGGAAGUAAACCGCCCACGAGUUUGGUACCUUCCGAUAUUUCCAAUCGUCAAUCCGAACAAGCCGGGCAAAACGAGACUCGUAUGGGAUGCAGCUGCCACCGCCUUUGGAGUUUCACUCAACUCAGUUCUGUUAACAGGCCCAGACCAACUGACAUCUCUUCUGUCUGUGCUGAUCCAGUUCCGGGAGUUUCGGACAGCGGUAUGCGGCGACAUCCGUGAGAUGUACCACCAAGUAAGGAUGCGGGAGGACGACCAGCAUUGCCAACGCUUCUUCUGGAAGGCCUGCGAGACAGAUAUCGACCCUAGUGUCUACGUAGUGCAGGUAAUGACGUUCGGCGCAUGCUGCUCGCCGAGUACGGCACAAUACGUAAAAAAUUACAAUGCAAAGAGAUUCGAACAAGAACACCCAGAAGCAGUUCACGCAAUCGUAAAGCAACACUACGUUGACGAUAUGCUUCUGAGUGUGGAAUCUGAGGAGGAAGCAAUACAAGUGGUUCGAGAAGUACAGACAGUGCACAGGUCAGCAGGCUUCGAAAUGCGGAACUGGAUCUCCAACUCACCCAGAGUUGUGGCAGCUAUGAGCGAAACAGGCUCCGAUGAGAAAAGCCUCAGUAUCGGCGACAAACACGUGUCAGAACGGGUUCUCGGAAUGUGGUGGAACACCUCAACAGACUGCUUCACAUAUAAAAUGUCACCGCGGUACGAGCAGCUACUGAUCAGUGGGCAGCGACGACCGACAAAACGCGAAGUGCUUCGUACGUUAAUGAUGAUAUUCGAUCCCUUAGGAUUCAUAGCACACUUCCUAAUGCAACUAAAAUCCUUGCUGCAAGAAAUCUGGAGAACUUCAGUCGGCUGGGAUGACCCCAUCGAUGAGUCGUUGUUUCAAAAGUGGUUGUCAUGGCUGACAGUGUUGCCGCAGGUAUCGUCUAUCGAAAUACCUCGAUGCUACCGAACACUCACAUCCGCGACAGACGGAACGGUGGUACAACUGCACACGUUCGUCGACGCAAGCGAGAACGGUUUCGCAGCUGCAGUGUAUUUGCGUUUUCAGGAAGGAGAAACCAUCGAAUGCAGACUGGCCGGAGCAAAGACGAGAGUCGCGCCGCUAAAGUUUCUCUCCAUUCCGAAGUCCGAACUGCAAGCCGCUGUGAUAGGCGUGAAAUUAGCGGGAACCAUUGCCAAAUCGCUAUCUGUCAAAAUCAAUCAACGUUUCUUCUGGACUGACUCCAGAGAUGUCCUCUGCUGGCUCAACUCGGAUCACCGUCGGUAUAGCCAAUUCGUGGCCUUCCGUGUUAGCGAGAUCCUGGAAACGACGAACGUCAACGAAUGGCAGUGGGUGCCAACGAAGCUGAACGUGGCAGACGAGGGAACCAAAUGGACACGAGCUCCAGAUAUGACUGCCUCUAGUCGAUGGUUUUGCGGUCCCAAUUUUCUCUGGCAACCGAAGAAAGCAUGGCCUGUUUCCCCGCACUCAUUUGGAUCGACUAAAGAGGAGUUACGGCCUCAUCUUCUGCUUCAUACCAUGCCGUUGGACCCAGUGGUUCAGCCACAUGAUUUCUCGGAAUGGUCUUCUCUACUGCGCCGAAUGGCUUAUGUGACCCGUUUCGUGGACAACCUGAGGCAAGCUAAGAUGAAAAAACCAAGACAGAGUGGCCCUCUGACUCGUGACGAGCUAAGAAAAGCGGAAAAUUACCUGUUUCGUCUUGCACAGCGCAGUGCGUAUCCCGAUGAGAUAGCAGUCCUGAAUGAACCGUUAUCAACCACCCAGCAACGCAAGUUUAUAAAAAACAACAGUUCGCUAAGCAAGAUGCGCGCCUUUCUUGACAAGAACGGCGUUCUAAGGGCCCGCGGCCGAACCCAAGAAUGUAAAUUCACAGAUUACGACGCCGCUAAUCCGGUUAUUCUUCCACGGAAUCACCACAUCACUAGGCUUAUCGUGUCCAACGCACACAAGCAGUUUAACCACCAGAACCAUGAGACGAUCAUCAACGAGCUUCGCCAGCGAUUCCGCAGUCCACGUCUGAAGGCAACGUACCGUGCGAUCCGGAAAGAGUGCCAACAGUGUAAAAAUAACCAGGCUGCCCCGCAACCACCUGCGAUGGCCGAUCUACCACUCGCUCGCCUGGCUGCCUUUGCUCGACCAUUUACGUACAUGGGGAUAGACUAUUUUGGCCCAAUGACGGUAUCCGUCGGACGACGCACAGAGAAACGUUGA